AUGUAGUACAUAAACACAUCAAAAUACAUGUACGAUCAAUUGAGAUAACACAACUCGUAAAAUAAUAAAUUGCAUGGACAUAGGAAACAUCAAAAUGGUGUGGCUCCAUCGACUCCGGCGGUAGUAAUGUUUACGUUUCUUUAUAAUCUUUGUAUUUUGCAAUAAUUUAUCUUUUUUCAUAAUUUUCCAUCUUUGUUUUUGAAAGGGACUCGAUUUAAGCUCCCCGCUGAAUCACGUGUUUGAUACCGUUAACUUUCAUCGUUUUCAUAUUUUGUGUAAAUGUUUGCUAAAUAUAUAGUUAUUUUGAUUACAUGGUCUUGAUCCCAAGUUGAAUUUAGAUUUCGAGCAUUAUUCUACUAAAUAUGUGGAAGUUAUCUAAUUUUUUAAUGCGUGUAUGGACCGGUUGCGCGUAAAUUAACACCUCUCCCCUUGAAUAACACGGUCACGGGGUUGGUAAAAAACUGUAACCAUAUUAGUUACGACACCUAAGCCGGGAGGGAUCUCGAAUUUGUACUGUAGGUUCGGAUACCCCGGACGAGGGGCGUUUUACCUAUUUCAGGGGUGGAAUUUCCGCUAACAAAAGCUGUUCGGUUUAGAAUCUAUGUACGAUAUGAGUUGCGAUUCACCAAUUUCCAUAUAUUCUGUUAACGUAGAAUUUGCCCUCCAAGGCCAUGUAAUUUUCGAUGUUACUUUUAACAUAAGGGUGUUAGUGUACUGAGGAUGAGUUACCUGUUGUACAUUUUAACCGAUGGAGUUCCACGUUGGUCUAUCCGGGUGUGCUAAAAUCGACGGUCUGCCGCCUCUGGUCAUAUUACUUAAGGCGCUGUGGUAUUUCUUGCGGUACCAAUUCUAAAUGGUUGUUUUUUGAGAAAAUAAGUUAUACACCAAAUGAAAACGUUGAUAAUAGCACUUAAAAAAUCUUUUAAAAAAUCGCGAGCAAGUGAUAACUGAAAAAAUAAUUUUUAGUCGGUUUUUCACGAACUUUCUACGGAUAUAACUAGGUUAUGGUUGGAUGAAUGAAGUUGAUUUUUUGUACAGACUAAUGAAUAAUGAUAGGUACUGCUAAUCACUAGGACAGUGCUUCUUUUAAAAUUUUUUAAAAAGAAGAUAUCUAAUAAUAAUAAGAUAAACGGUAUGGUGCUCCGCAGGCGACAUGAUGAAUUUGUCAUGUGUUAAUUUGAACAUUCAUAGAACGAAAAUGGCGCGCAAUUCAAAUCCUAAAGCCGAAUUUGGAUCACCCCUUAUCAUCCUACAGAUGAACGAACUUGGAUGUUGGCCAUUUUCUGUCAAAAUUGGGAUAGGAAACUCUCAUUCACGUUUUUCACACAUUGAUUUAUAUAUGAAUGCACGAUUAAAAAAAUCUGAGCGAAAUGAAGAAAGCUGCCCAGAACGCGAAAGCAAUUGUGUUGUUAAGAACCGAGGUUUCAGAUUGUCGUUGCAGUGCAGCGCACCUGUUCCAAUAGAUUCUUUGAAAAUGAUCUCUAACGCAACCAUAAUCGAUCCUCCGCUUACGUUUUCUUGGUUAGAUUACGCAGUGUUUGGUGUGAUGUUAAGUGUGAGUGGAAUCAUAGGCAUAUUCUUCGGAUGUUUCGGAACGAAGCAAAAUUCCACCGACGAAUACCUCUUGGGAGGAAGAAAACUGCACAUACUUCCAGUUUCAAUGUCGAUAAUCGCUAGUAACAUUUCCGGUUUGGCCGUCUUGGGAGUGUCGGCGGAUAUCUACAGAUAUGGUGCAGCUCACGUGUGGGCAUUGAUACCCAUAGCGAUCUGCCCGUUGGCAUGCAUAUACGUGUACAUGCCGGUAUUCCUAAAAUUGAAGCUCAUUACAACCUAUCAGUAUUUGCAGAUUCGCUUUGAUAAUACGAUAAAGAUGCUCGCUUCGUUCAUAUACAUUUUUCAUCUGAUCAUUUAUAAUCCCGUCGUUAUUUUCUUGCCCUGUUUAGCCUUCAACCAAGCGACUGGCUACAACGUCAAUGUACUUGCACCGGCCACAACCAUAUUUUGCGUAUUCUACACUGCCAUUGGUGGUCUGAAGACGGUGGUGUGGACGGAUACCCUACAAACCAUUUCAAUACUGCUGGGAUUAUUUGCUGUACUUGGCAUGGGUUUGUACCAAGGUGGUGAUGUGAGCACGAUCUUUGAAGUUGCUAAGUCGGGUGAGAGACUCGAUAUCUUCAAUUUCAACAUUGAUCCAACCAUUCGAGACAAUUUCUGGACGUAUGCCUUAGGAUCUACAGCGAUGUGGAUGGUGGAUGUUUCUAUCAACCAAGGCACGUUGCAACGUUUGAAUGCAGUGCCGACAUUCGCGCACGCAAAGAUGGUAAUGCUGAUAUUUUUUGUUAUCUCAGUUACAGUGAAAGUCCUAGCGAUUAUAACUGGCAUAUCUAUGUAUGCCAGAUAUGCAGAUUGUGAUCCACUGCUGUCGGGAAAAGUGGCGCACUCCGAUCAAGUGGUGCCGUACUAUGUUAUGGAUGUGGGGGGUUCCAUCCUUGGUUUGCCUGGACUGUUCAUAGCGGGCGUUUUCGCAGCCGCGUUAAGCACCCUCUCAACAAACUUACUCAACUUGUCAACAACAAUUUACACAGACCUUCUAUCCGGAUUUGUAUCAAAAUCGAUAUCUGAAAGAAACGUGAGUUAUAUCCUAAAAUUGAUCGUCGCAGUUGUUGGGAUCGUCGAUUGCGGUUUGGUGCUCAUAGUCGGGAAAUUUGGAGGAAUCCUGCAAUUUGGAAUAAGUCUAUUAGGCAUAACGUAUGGAACGUUGCUUGGGCUCUUCACGCUCGGCAUGGUUUUUCCAAUUGCCAAUAAACAGGGCGCUCUUUGCGGAGGAAUAGCUGGGAUAAUCUUCAGUUCUUGUAUGGUUCUCGGAAAUUUGUGGUACAAGUUUCACGGAACACUUCCCGAUUAUCCGAAACCUGUUUCAACAAGGGGUUGCAAUUUUACCACACCGUUACUAAUAGAGACACGCAAUUAUCACGGAGGGGAGAUGCCAGUCGCAUUUUUCAGAAUAUCGUUUUGGUAUUAUCCAUUCUACGGGUGUCUUGUGGUAUUGGUUGUUGGUCUCUUUGUGAGUUUCGUAACACGGAAACCUAAUUCUACACCUCGUCCAGAGCUAAUUAGCCCGAUGUUCCAAUUUUUGUUACCGCAGAAGCACUUACAAAGAAGUGCAAGUUAUAGGAGAAGCGAAGUUGCAUUAAAAAUAACUGCGCAUGCAACUGAAGAUCAAUGAAAUUUUUCUAGCUAAAUUCUAUCUUAAUUAUAGUUAAAAUGCUCCUACUGUACUGUGUGCACCGUACCGAUAUAGGAGCAUUAGUUUCUUUUAAUAAACGAAUUUCGAAGUGAACCUGA